GAGUCCAUUCCAGGUUCCUUCUCUUUUGGCACUGCAACUUUACAUUUCUUACGGUCGGGGACAGUUACAACCCGGAACACCAACAACCUCCACAAUACUAGUUCCCGAUGGCAUCGACAGCGGGCACGGAUGAGCCCAGUACCGUAAACGGCGAUGCCCCGCGCACAUCCGCAGUAGCAGCAGCAGCAGCAGCAGCAGCAGCAGCAUCGAGUCCCAAUCCCGAAUUCGAUGUUUCCAAACUCCAAGGGUUGCCCUCUGAGCAACAGGAACUGCUUCUAUUAAACUUUACCUCGUCCCUAAGCAAACAUGUCCUUAGCCUCGCACCCGACGACUGCACUGCGCAGCAGUUCUACCUCAAGAAGGAAGUGUUCAAGAUCAUCAACCUCGCGGCCCCACCUCCAACAAGAGUGAUACGCAACACCCUAGGGAAAUGUCUGGCACACAUAUUUGGCAAGGGAGAUCGGAAGCUGCUCUUCGAGACCGUCAACGAGCUAUCGGGGAUUAUCUCCAGCGGAAAAUCGAAGAAUGAGGGUGAGAUCCGGACGAAACAUGCUGCCGUUGCGUGCUUGGGAGAGGUCUAUGCUGCUGCGGGCGAUAGUGCCAUCGGCCUCCACCAACUCGCCUGCGCAGCCCUCCUGAAGCUUCUAAAGUCGUCCUCUAGCAACGCCGGUCUUCGCGCCGCCGUGUUUACAGUUUUCGGGAAGAUCACAACAAUGUUGGGAGGGAGCUUAGACGAGAGCAUCGCAAGGGACGUCUGGAAGCAGGGCCGGAGCUACGCCACGAGCGACAAGGGGUCGCUUGUUAUCAUCGCCGCGUGCCGCUGCUUGCGUUCGCUCCUACAAUUCACUCCCUAUUUCCAAACCUCGAGCGACUUCGAUAGUCUCCGGUCUUCCAUGUUCAAGACGUUCGACUCGCCAUCAUCCAACGUACGCUCUGCUGCUGCCGACUGCUUUGCCGAGGCUCUCGUUCGAGGUUAUUCCGAGUCCGCCGUUGGAGAAGCUCCGUUGGUCUUGCUCAAGAGAACAAAGUCCAAAGCUGUGAAGCGGCAGUCUAUGCAAGUUGGGGCACUCCAAGACGACGAUGACCUCCCCCCGAGGCCCGAGAGUCCCGCGCCAACCAAGAAGUCCCAAGUGCUGGCUUUGUCACUGGUCGAUAUGCUCAAGACCUUGUCGACACAAUACGUUCGGAUGUCGACUACGAACAAAUCUAGGGCCGCAAUCGCUGUUUGCUAUGGCAACAUGCUUCGGAAGCUGGGAGAAAAGACGGUUGAGAACAACUACACACGGAUUGUGGAGCACAUGACAGUUGAGCUCUUGGGGCAUAGCAACAUCACCAACAAUCGCUACCGCCUGCUUAUCUCCCGGCGAAUGGUGGAAAUUAUUAUCCAGGACAUCGUUGGGAAGAAGAUCCUCGGGGAGUCGGGCCAGACCGGCGCGGCAAAGGCUCUCCUCAACGACGUCGUUAAGAAUUACCCACAAGCACUCAAGGAGAAGCCAGAACCCACCAAACAAACACUGGUUGUUUCGCUGAGCGCCCUAGCGUCCUUGAUAAACAGUUUGGGCUCAGCAGCCAACAGCUUUUCGGAAGGUUGUCGCGACGGUCUCCUUCAAGUCCUUCAGCAUCCGAGUUACACCGUUCAAGUCUACGCAUCGUCAUGUUUGAAAACCUUCCUGUUAGCCUGCCCUCAACAACUUCUGCCCUGCCUCUCGGUGUGCAUGAACAGCCUCAGCAGAGAGUUGGGGCUGCUUGGUACUGGAAGAGGCUCGCCUCGCAGGUGUCUUGGUUUUGCCCAUGGUCUUGCCUCCGGUCUUAGCGCAAGUCCGGAGCGGCCGCUAUACGGUUCGGUCGACAUCAACAGCCGUGUGCUAACAAUGUCGACGAAUCUGCUCAAGUCUAGCGGCAGCUCCGAGCUGCGUGUGGCGAGCACUCAAAUCCAGGUUGCCUGGACCUUGAUCGGGGGCCUUAUGUCACUCGGACCCAACUUCGUCAAGAUCCAUCUCUCACAGCUUCUUCUCCUAUGGAAGAAUGCCCUGCCAAAGGUCCUAUCAAAGGACAGCUCAAUCCACAGAAACUAUCUGAAUGCUUCCUUCUUGACACAUGUCCGGGAAUGCGCGCUUGGUUCAAUCCUCGCGUUCCUCGAGUUCAACAGCCGCCUCCUAACCGUCGACGUCUCGAAGCGUAUUGCGACUAUGCUGCAAAGCACGGCCGCAUUCCUGAAGACGCUUCCCUCAAAGAAAACUGCAGAAGACAUCAACGAAAGACUGACACCGUCACUGCAACUUCAAGACCUGGAGACCAUGGUACAACGGAGAGUUCUCCAGUGUUACACAAAACUGGUGAAUAUCAGUCCAGCCGGCGGCACCGAGGCACUCCUACAAUCCAACCUCCUCACCCUAGCCAUAUCUCUGUUCGCGGACCCGGAUAAUUACACCCCGAGCUCGCUCAGUGCAUCAAUCGCCAACACAGCCUCGACCUUUGAGUCCGUGUGGGAUAUAGGCGACAACUCUGGGUUCGGGGUGACCGGUCUCGUACGGGGUUUCAACGUCAGACCGCUUCCAGGACAACACGAAAGCUCAGAAGACCGCACACCUUCUGGCCGAGAGGGCCCGGAAGAGCAAAUCGAGAGGCUUUUGCUCUCGCCCGUCUGCGGGACCCUGGAGCACGAUGCCUCCGUUCUCUACAUCGGCAGCGCUGACGGACCCAGCCUUCCUGACCCCGCAGCGACCGAAGUCGUGAAUAUGGCGAUCCAACUCUUCGCCUUUGUCUUCCCGCUCACGCCACCCAAGGUUCAGGAGAGCGUGUUGGAGCAAGUGACGACAUUUGUUGCGGCUGGGUCGCUGCAACGAGACCCAGGUCGGAAGGCUGCCGUCAAUGUAAACGUCGCCACCGCUCUGCUCUCGAUCCUGCGAGUAGCAGUCAAGGAGACAAGGUCGCCUCCGGGCGACGUGACCAAUCCGGCCGUCGAGAAACUCAUCCAGGAGUUGCUUCGUGACUUCGUACUAGAUCGAGACCAGUACGUCCGGAGCAUCGCCUACGAGGCAGUUGCUCGGCUGUGUGGCACUUGCGGGAAUGCCUUCACAAACCAAGAGAUCAAGUACCUUGUCGAUACCAUCGUCGUCAACCGGGAACCUAGCGCGAGAGCGGGUUGUGCGAUGGCCCUCGGCACUAUCCAAGCCAAGAUCGGUAGCAUGGCGGCCGGAUACCAUCUGAAAACCAUUCUCAACAUCCUGUUAUCUCUGUGCAACGACCCGCACCCUACUGUUCACUACUGGGCGUUAGAGGCAGUUGCGCGGGUAGCGGAUGCCUCUGGCUUGGGAUUCGCACAAUACGUCUCGGCCACCCUUGGGAUGUUGGCUAACCUCUAUUUUUCGGAAACACACAAUCCCGAAGUGGCCUUGCCGGCCUCGAUGAACCUCGAGGUCGAGUCUUCUACGUCCGCGGCGAUCGCUCACUGCGUAGAUUCGCUGAUCAACGUCCUUGGCCCUGACCUCCAGGACUCGACCAAGUCGAGAGAGCUCAUUCUUACCCUUGUUGGAUAUUUUCAACAAGAAGAGGAUCUUGAAGUGCAGAGAGCCAGCCUGGUGUGCUUAGAGCAUCUCUCACUCUACGCCCCGGGAUACAUGAAAUUCGAAGAGUAUGUGAAGACACUUCAAGGCUACCUUGGCUCCGAGAACACAAUUCUUCGAGAUGUUGCUGUGGAUGGCCUUCACAACCUCAUGAAGCGGAACCCAUACGACGUCAUCGAGGCAGCGGAUCAGGGAUUCGAAGACCAGCUCUGGCUGGUGCUCGACUCGGACCCCAGUCAUGACGGGAUGCACAACACGCUCCGGAACUGGAUGCGGCAUACGUGUCUUGCAAACACGGCUGCCUGGCUCGCACGCUUCCAGCAUGUCCUCAAAAUGACUCGGCCCAAGGACGCAGUGAAGGAGACGGCCACGACCAAGAAAUCGGGAACCGGCCUUGAUCUUCAAGAUGAAGAAGUCGCUGGGUUCGCUGCCGCGCCGGGCGCCACCAAGGACGAAAAGGACGUCCUGAGCGGCCCCGACGUUGAGCCUCUGAGGUGGCAGGUCACGACCUUUGCGAUGGACUGCCUGAAUGAUAUAUUCAUUCUCGUUGCCAAAGACAUUGCCACCAAUGGCGAGUCUGUGGCGCAGGUCGCGCUCCAGACCAAGAUUGCCGAUGUCGUUCGGAUGGCCUUCUCAGCGUCGACUUCCGGGGUGGUUGAGCAGAGGAUCUGGGGCCUGAAAAUUAUUGGCGCCGUGCUAAAAAUGUUUGGCAAGACCCCGGACCCCGAUUUUGAGGAGGCCAUGCUCCUCGAGCAGUACCAGGCUCAGAUCAGUUCCGCCCUUACGCCCGCAUUUGCCGCCGACUCUUCCCCUGAGCUGGCUGCUGAGGCCGUCAAUGUCUGCGCUGGCUUCAUCGCGACGGGCAUUGUUAGAGAUGUCGACAGGAUGGGCAGGAUUCUGAAGACGCUUGUCAGCUCACUCGAGAACUUCCAGACCGAGGAUGAGAAUGCGGGCAUUGGUGACCUAAAGGGGUUGAGUUCCAAUGCACGGGUCAUGGUCAAAAUGGCCGUGUUUGGGGCCUGGGCUGAGCUCCAAGUUGCGAGCUCGGAGCAGAAAUACCUGCUUGACGUCCUCAAACCGCACAUCGGCACGUUGACUCCCCUAUGGCUCGAGUCUCUCCGGGAGUUUGCUCGGCUGCGCUUUGAGCCGGAUAUCUCUAUGACUCUGGGACCACCGUCGCUCUCCGGGAGCCUUGACACGGUGUACGCGGCCCUCAACAGGGAGACGCAACUCAAGUUCUACCAGGACUCGUGGCUGAAGCUGGUGGAUGCUAUUGCCAGUCUCAUCGGGCAGGACAGCGAGUUUGUGUUUGACGCGCUGGACGGCAAGGAAGUUACAGGCCCCAACGUCAACGGCGGUCCCCGAGGCCUGGGUAUCAACUACCGGGAUGAGCCAGUGGCCUUCUUCUUUGUGUUAUUUGGCAUCGCCUUCGAGGCGCUGGCAACCAAGCCCGGCCAGAGCGAAUCUCUGGCUACCCAGGAGCAAACACUUGCAAUCCUCAGCGCGCUGAAGAAAAUUCUGCACCCGAGCGUGUCUGGCCAAGCGAUCUACCGCGAGGCCAUCUUCUCCGAGACAAUGGAUCUUCUUGACCGCCUUGUUCUCACCGAAGGGCUCGACGUUCAGGGGGUGAUCGUCGAGAUCGCAAGAGAUCUUUGCUUAGCGCACCCGGCAGCAAGGAAACAAGAGGAAGCGGAUAAUGGCGAGCUGUCAGAGGACAUUGAGCAACUCUUCGAGCUCACACGUAUCAUCGUCCUGGUUCUUUCCGGCCUCAUCCCGAAUCUCAGCGAGAGCCCGCAACCAAUCCGCCACCAGAUGACCGAGGAAGCGAUCCUCCUCAUCAAGACAGCACUCAAUGCGCUUGUCGACGCCGCCGAAGUGUUCCCAGCCAUCAUCAAGACCGAUCUCUAUGCCUGCAUCAUCCACAUCUUCGCCACCGUCCUCGCCACUCCUUCCUGCCAGGACGUGAUCGUGCCUCAGUCCCUACCGACCCUGAAGCGCUUCAUCACGAGCAUGUCCCUUUCCAGACAAGUCUCCGAAGAAGGCCACUCGCAGACGGACAUCCAACUGCUCGGCUGCCUGCGCCGGUUCCUGUCCAUCUACCUCCACGCCCAGAAGCGCGAGGCACCCACGUCCCUGACGUGCGUCAAGAACUGCCUGCUGGCGCUCACGAUCCUCUUCACGGGCGGCAAGAACCACCUCCCCGCCAGCGAGCCCCUGGUCGCGCGCUUCCUCGAGGAAGUCCUCGACUGUCUGACCGAUCGCAUGACAGCCAAGAUCGCCGCCUCCUGCCUGCGCACGCUCCUCCUACAACCCCAACCCACAACAGCAGACCAAUCCCUCGCGCGGCACCUGCUCCCGCGCCUCCUCGCCUUCACAGCCGACACCAGCCCGGAGGACCCGGAGCAGGCGCGGGGGCUGGUAGCGCACGCGCUGUGCGGCUAUGUCGGCGCGCUGGCCGCCGCCGCCGGCACGGGUUCCGGCUCGGACCGCGCCCCCGUCGCCAUGGCGCUCGUCCUGCCCGCGCUGCUCGCGCGCGCCCUGAGCGAGGGGUCUGUGGUUUAUCGUGAGACCAGCACCCGGCUGCUGGAGCUGGCGUCGGCCGACCAGGUUGCGUUCCGCGGGGUUAUAGGUAGGAUGGGGGAGGGGCAGAGGGGGUUUCUGGAGGAGGUUAUUCGGUCUGGGAGAGAGGCGGCCGCGGGGAGGGUGGAGAGUGCGGGUGGCGGGGCGAGGGAGCCGAGUAUUGCGUUGAAGAUGGAUUUUGGGGGGUGA